UUCUUCUGGAGACGCACUCCGUGAACGCGGAGGCCUGCACAAGCGCCCUUUCAAAGCGGGAGGACCCCGUAUCCGGGAUCUCUUCGGACGUGGGGUGUGCAGGAGGAAGCGAGACGGCCACAGCGGGAGCUGCGGAAGCCGGUGACCGGCACCGGGAGCUGACGCUACCCGACUCGUCCGCCUGAAGCUUUCAACACCGCUCCGCAGAACACAUCCCGGAAGCUCUUCUUUCCCGGGCUCUGCCACAAAGCCCGUGGUGCCCCUCCCCACCUCCCGGAACAAUCGCCCACAUCUUCGCCCUCGGCACAUCCUGCCCUGGACCUGGACCUGGACCGGGCGGGGGCGGGGGCGGGGGCGGCAGGCUCGGAGCCCGGGCGGCGCGGGGAGCCGGUCCCGCCCCCCGGCAGCAGGGCGACCCCGCAACAGGUCUCUGAUUGGCUGGUCGGGGGAGACAACGCCGAGGAGGGUCGGUGACGAUAGGCUGGGAGCCGGUUCCGCCUACUGGCAGUUUGCGUGGAAGGUGAUUGGCUGGCGCCUCCGUCCAAUCAGCGGUGGGCUGUCGGAUUCAAACCGGGAUCGUUGGGCCUGCGGUCGGUUGGUCGCAGUCGAGUCGUUGCUUCGGCCUGACGCGGACGUGUGGCCCGCUGCGCCCGCUCUUCGCGCCCCGUCGCUCCCGCCGCCCGCACGAUGGCCCACAAGCAGAUCUACUACUCGGACAAGUACUUCGACGAGCACUACGAGUACCGGCAUGUCAUGUUACCCAGAGAACUUUCCAAACAAGUACCGAAAACCCAUCUGAUGUCUGAAGAGGAGUGGAGGAGACUUGGUGUCCAACAGAGUCUAGGCUGGGUUCAUUACAUGAUUCAUGAGCCAGAACCACAUAUUCUUCUCUUUAGACGACCUCUUCCAAAAGAGCAACAAAAAUGAAGUCUUUCUGGGGAUCAUCAAAUCUUUUUCAAAUUUAAUGUAUAUGUGUAUAUAAGGGUAGUAUUCAGUGAAUACUUAAAAUGUACAAAUUGUUGAUCCAUACCUGUGCAUGAGCUGUAUUCUUCACAGCAACAGAGCUCAGUUAAAUGCAACUGCAAGUAGGUUACUAUAAGAUGUUCAAGAUAAAUUUCUUCUAGUCAGUUUUUCUCUUAAUAUAAGUGCCUGUUUGACUUUGUCUGUUACUUUUGUUAAAUAAAGUUUGUAUGUUGCAUUUAUCA